UUAAGGCAGAUUACUGGGAGAUUAUUAGUUCAGGUCCCACCUUAGACUCAAAGCCAGCUAGAUGACCUUGGGCCAGCUCCUUUUUCUCAGCCUUAGAAAGGAGACAAAACUCCUUGUGAGAAAUCAUGCCAAGAAAACUGUAGGUACUAGUCCAGGCAAUCACCUGGAGUAGAGUAAUAUAAGAGCAAAUGGAUAAAAUUAAUGUGCAAUAAUAAUCCAAGGUUACCCAGUGAUCUUCAGGCUGAGUUAGGAUCCUGCAAGCUUACUGCUAGAUCAUAAUUUUGUAACAGGGAUCAUAGAUCAUUAAUGAUGGUUUAUUGAAUAAAAUACAUUAGCUGGACUCCCACUUACUACAGACCAGAACAUAGCAGGCUUCCCACAGCAAACCAGGUUUGCACGUGCUUUGCUGGCCCCGCUGCAGCCAAGCCCAACUCCCGGAGCUGGUGGUUUAUGAACCAGCUACCCUAAGCGAACGUGGGCCAGCUUUACUAUGGUUCCCAUCUCGCGCAACCCUCUAUGCAUUCAAAACGGAUGGUCCAGGUUCCUUAUGGCCGGCGGGCGCAGCUCAGUUGCCUUCCCGAUCCCCGCCCUUGAUUGCGCUCCAGCCAGCCAGCCAGCCGGGCGCGGCCGCUCCCGACCCCUCCGCCCUUCCCUGGCCGCUUAUUUAAGGGUCGAGGCCGGCGGCGCCAGCCUCUCUCCUGGGAACUCCGCUGCGCACCAACCCGCCGCCGGGCACGGGUUCCUUUUUGUCUCCCCGCCCCGCCGGAGCUUGUGCUUCCGGACCGGGCGGGGAGAGGCCAAGAGCAGGUUCCGCUUCUCCCAGGGCCGAUGCGGGAAGCGCAGCUUCCGCUGCGUCCGGGGGAAAAAUGAAUUACAUGCCGGGCACGGCCAGCCUCAUCCAAGACAUCGACAAGAAACACUUGGUUCUCCUUAGAGAUGGCAGAACACUGAUUGGAUAUUUACGCAGCAUUGAUCAGUUUGCAAAUCUGGUUUUGCACCAAACAGUGGAGCGCAUUCACGUGGGCAAAAAGUAUGGUGACAUCCCUCGCGGCAUCUUCGUAGUCAGAGGCGAGAAUGUUGUACUCCUGGGAGAAAUUGACCUAGAAAAGGAAAGUGACACCCCUUUGCAGCAAGUCUCAAUAGAGGAAAUCUUGGAAGUUCAACGGGUAGAGCAGCAAACGAAGCAAGAAUCGGACAAGUUAAAAACGCAAGCACUGAAAGAGCGCGGCCUCUCCGUUCCAAGGGCUGAUACACUAGACGAAUACUAAAUAUUUAUCUGAACUGUCUCCCAAAGAUUGAGGAGACUGUGUACUGAAGUGCCCAAGCGAUGGACAACUAUUUUUUUAUUAUUAUUAUUAUUUCAGAUUCCUCCCCCCCCCUCCACCCUCAAGGGCAAAAAACAGUUGGAUCACCGUGACUUAAACUCUAGUUCUUCCCGUUUCACACACACACACCCCCAAAAUCAUUAUUUUUGAAGAUUAAAUAUAAUCCAGCAUGAAUGAAGCAGCUGUAAAAGAGAAUGCUGGUUUAGGACAUUUUGUUUGUUUUUUGUAACGCAGGGAUGACUUAUGGAAGAAGUGGGGAAGGAACACUCUCUAACCUGUAAAUAAAAGGUGAUUCCAAACACUACUAUAAGCCAAGGUGGAAGCAGUA